GCCGCACUGUCCAAAGCACUUGUAAUGGAUUUGGGGGUUGGUCCCUAGCCGUGAGAGGACAGCAGUAGGUUUUCUCAGACACUGAGAUAUUACAUGUUUUGGAUACUUCUGUAUAACUUGCGACAUCAAAUCCAGCAAAUGGGGAAAGGCUGUACGCUCUUUGACAAAUAUUUUGGCUUUCGUACACUUUACCAGCCCAUUGGAGGACAUAUCAGUUUGAGACAAAUCAAUCUCUAGUGUUUGUUGAAAUGGACCCCUUUGAGGAGCCAGCCACUCACUAAACCAUAGCAAGUGCACAGACAGAGGGAAGAGCCGGAGCAUUCACCCUAACAUGGAUCCCUACGGGUCAACACUGGACCGCAGCCAGUCGGUGAUGAGUGGCCUGGAGAGGUCCAAUGUCGGCUGGCACAAGUCAGCUCACUCACGAAGCAGCAGCACCGCAUCCUCCCGCCACUCGCGACCGCACAUAAAGGACUGGGAGAUCAUGGAUGACCUGCAGAUGGACGUGGGCACUGGGGAGUCCCUGCAGGACCUGAGCAUGCCUGGCAUCUGUGAAGGCUAUCUGAUGAAGAGGAGGAAGUGGCCACUCAAGGGCUGGCACAAGAGGUAUUUUGUUUUGGACAAAGGGAUCCUCAGGUAUUCCAGAACACAACAAGAUUACUCCAAGGGGAAGCUCGGUGGAUCCUUAGACGUCAGCUUUGCUGUCAUAUCUAUCAACAAGAAAUCAAAACGUAUUGACCUAGAUGCAGGAGACAAUCUCUACCACAUAAAGGCUAAAAGCCACGAUAUGUUCUACAUUUGGGUGACCAAACUGAACGCACACCGGGUGUUUAAGAAGAACGAGGUGGCCAAUGUCCAGAAUGGCUUCCUCCAGGCUCUCUCUCAGGGAACCAGUGGAAUGCCAGCUCAUAGAAAUGGAGCGACUCAAGACAUGGUGAGUGUCAUGAGUACUUCCGGGUCAUACAUGGGCGAGAUGACCCCCCAGACAUCUGAGCUACCCAUAAACAACUCUGGAGUGAAUGGAAAGGUGUCUGAAUGGCUUCAGCAAACUCAGGACAACAACAGCUGUGCCCAAGAACUGAACCGGGUUCAGAUGGACAUCAGUGAGCUGAGCCGACUCAUUCAAAAACUACAUGCCAUGGAGUCAGGCCCUGCGCUCAACAAUGGAGAACUGCAGCGGAUCAUCAGUGUGCAGAAUCUUUCCCUUGAGAAGCCAAAGAAGCGAUCUGCAAAGAUGUGGGGGCACUCUCGCACUCUGUCCAGAGUUGAAGCGCUUGGAAUGCCAUUGCGUGGGAUUACUAAAUCGCUGUCGUCCAGUCAGCUGCACAGCGCAUCCCACCUGGGCGCCUCUGUGCCCUCCAUCCCAGACUACGUCUACUCUCAGCUGGCCCCCCCCACGGUCAUCUCUCCCGAGGGCAAGAAGCUGCACGUGGACAUUUGCGCAGUGUCAUCCAGAGUCCAUAACUCCCUGAAGACGGUCCAUGAGUCCUUGGCCCAGGAGCGCCAGAAGCUACAGGAGGCCUGGAACAAUGGAGAACUCCCUGCCAGCACUCAGCCCCUGGCCACCCUGCUCGAGUUAGAGAUGCAGUCUCCCCUGACCCAAAUCUACAGUGUGUCAGCGUCGUCAGAGUCGUCAGACUCCUCGGAAGAGUCCUUCCGUACUGUACGCCCCUAUACUUCCGUACGCCGGAGGAAGCCUGGCUCUAGCCGGCGUGCGUCGCAGCGGCCUCCCUCCGUGGCGGACUCGGCGGCGGAAUACUUUGACGCCAGUGAUGACCUCCUGUGCGGGAGCUCGUCCGACGGCUCAGAGGAGGCCUCUGGCCUGAGUGACGGCACCAGCAACUCUGAGCCAGAAGAGGGCCACGAGUCAGCAACUAGGAAAUACCGUGCCAGCCUUUCCAAAGCUCCAGCCAAGGCCAGCAGUGUGCCAAAGAGCAUCGGGCGCCGCACCGCCCUGCCCGCCGUCUGCCCCGACAACAGCCACAUCGGCCUCAUGUCCAUCCUGUACAACAACAUAGGCAAGGACCUGUCGCGCAUCUCUAUGCCCGCGGCGCUCAACGAGCCCAUCAACCUGCUGCAGCGUCUCUGUGAAGAGCUGGAGUACUCCGAGCUGCUGGACACGGCUAGUAACACUGAGGACCCCUACGAGAGGAUGGUGUAUAUUGCUGCCUUUGCUAUCUCUGGUUAUGCCAUCGCUACCUUCCGCAACCGUUACAAACCCUUCAACCCAGUCCUUGGCGAGACCUAUGAAUGUGUGCGGGAUGACAGAGGCUUCCGCUUCAUCAGUGAGCAGGUCAGCCAUCACCCACCUGUAUCAGCCUGUCAUGCAGAGUCAGAGAACUUUAGCUUUUGGCAAGACCAGCGGUGGAAGAACAAGUUCUGGGGGAAGUCUGUGGAGAUUAUGCCAGCUGGAAUGGUCAAUGUCACUCUUCCAAAGCGUGGUGACCAUUACGAGUGGAACAAAGUGGUCACUUGCAUCCAUAAUGUCCUGACCCAACAGCGCUACCUGGAGCACUACGGUGAGGUCACCAUUCGCAACCUCAAAAGCUCCGUCUGCACCUGCAAAAUCACCUUUGUUAAGUCUCGAUACUGGGGCUCCGAUGCCAACAGAAAUGAGGUCCAGGGCCAGGUGCUGAACCAGAGUGGGAAGGUGGUGCACAGGUUCGGAGGCCUCUGGCAUGAGGGCAUCUUCUGUGACACCCUCCCCACCCCUCAGUGCCUCUGGAAGCCAACCCCUAUGCCUAAAGACCAACUCCUCUACUUUGGCUUCACCGCCUUUGCCCUCGAGCUGAACGAACUGACCCCAGAUCUGAAGCCUCUACUGCCCCCUACAGACACACGGCUGCGCCCUGACCAGAGGUUCUUGGAGGAGGGCAGGAUAGAGGAUACGGACAGAGUCAAAGACGAGAUCGAGGACAGACAGCGGGAGCGCAGGAAGGAGCUGAGCAUGAGGGGGGAGGACCAUGUGCCUCGAUUCUUCAGAAAAACAAUAGACACUGCUGGACGAGAGGUCUGGUUGACCAAUGGAAGCUACUGGAAGCUGCGAGAAAACCCAGGAUUUGCCAACAUCAAAAACGUGGAGCUGUGGUGACAAGUGAUGGUGACGUGAGGACAGAAAGCACAAUUAUUUCAUUCUUUUAUGCAUUCUUUGUUUCGUUCUUUCUUUCAUUUUUGGAGCACGCAUGAGAUGCCUUGGGCCGUUUCUCCUGAGCAUGGAUAGUGUUCGGUCUCACAGAGGAGCGCCGUGUCUGGACAGGCCUCUGACAGCUUUCAUAGUCCACCAUAAAAGAGAGAGCAGGUUACUUUCUCUGAAUGGAGUACUUGACUGUGCUUGAAGAAAUGGAUUGUCAACAAUCAAUCAAAUAAGGACAAUAUGGAGGUCAUAUAGGAUGACUGUAGGGGGAAACACAAACACAAACAUAACAAUUAAAAAAUAUUUAUCAUGUGAAUAGCAUUUUUCCUUUGAGAAUUUAUUUUUUAAAUCAUUUUUUAUGUUUACUGAAAUGAUUUCUUUAUUUUUUGAAUCAUUUAUGUCAACUGUACAAUGUCUAUUAUUUAAGGCAGAAGACCUGUGUGCCAUUUUGUGGUGAGGUGACCAUCUCCUCUAAGUGGAGUCUGUUCCUCAGGGGCACCUCAGUUGUUACUGAUCCUGACAUGGACUCAAACUUCCAGAAGAUGGCAGUCAUGCUCACCUGUCUUUUUUGAGUGAGUUAUUCAGCUGGGUCUGUAUACAUAUUUUAAGGACAAUUCCAGUUAGGUCACACGUAUGUUUUUGCUGCUGGGUAAUCAUUUGAAUGCCAUAGAGUAACAGCGCAGUGAGUGAUACGGACUGUCACAGGUCCUAGACAAUAACAUCUGUUUAAAUACACACUUGAUAGACUCUGAAGCAACUUAGAAAAAGUCCAAACAUGUACAGAUUAACAAUGAAUAUAAUUUUAAUGCAUGAAUAAAAAAACACAACAGUCAGUACAUUACACAAUAUUUAACCACUUUUAAUAAAUAAAAGAUUUCCUCUGA